AUGGACGUCUCCAAUGCCUUCCUUCAUGGUCACCUCGAGGAGCAGAUCUUCUGCCAGCAGCCCACAGGGUUUGUCGACUCGGCACUUCCCGACCAUCUUGGGUUCCGCUCCACCCGCUCGGACCAGACGCUCUUCGUCUAUCAUCAGGGCUCUGACACGGCCUACUUGCUGCUCUAUGUCGACGACAUCAUCCUGACGACAUGUAGUUUAAAGGCUGCUUUUGUCCUCAAUGCAAAUGAUGUGCACAUAAAGCUCACUGAUCGUCUUCGCGCUGAGUUCGCCAUCAAGGACUUGGGUCCUUUGCACUACUUCCUCGGUGUUGAGGUGGUGCGCCGUUCGGAUGGCUUCUUUCUUCAUCAGCGGAAGUACGCUCAUGAGCUCGUGGAUCGUGCUGGCAUGCUUAACUGCAAGCCCGCCGCUACGCCUGUUGAUACGAAGGCCAAGCUCUCUGCCUCGGAUGGUUCUCCUGCUUCGGAUGCUACAAUCUACCAGUCCAUCGUUGGUGCUCUCCAGUACCUCACUCUGACUCGACCGGAGAUCCAGUACGUCGUACAGCAGGUGUGUCUUCAUAUGCAUGCUCCUCGGGAUGUUUACUGGGCCGUUGUCAAGCGGAUUCUUUGCUACGUCUGCGCCACUAUGGAGCUCAACAUCACGCUCUACGCCUCCGCCGACACCGCCCUCACCACUGAUACGUCUCCAACUUUCAGGUGUUGCUGCAACAGCUCCUGA